AUGAAUGCAUGCUGGACCUGUCGCUGUCGACGUCACAAAUGUGAUGGAACCAGGCCUCACUGUAACAAAUGUCAAGCCAACAAGGUGGAGUGCCUCGGCUAUGGAAAAACCAAACCCUUGACUUGGGUCCGCGGUGUCGCCAACAGAGGUCCUCGGAAGAACUGUGAAUUUCCCGACACAGGUCCGUCGCCUUUGGCUGAGAAAAAGUACUCUCGAUCCGGAAUUAUCAUCACUCGCUUCACUCCACCGCAAGAUAAGCCGCCUUCAACUGAUGAUUUGAGUUUGACGUCGACAUAUCCACAAUGCCACCGAGAGAAUGUUUCUCCACAGGCAGGAAGCUUGCGUCUGGGACUGACAGACCCGACGUGCCAAAAUCUUCUUCGUGACGUACGGUUCUUCAUUGACCACUUCGAGCGGCACGUCUGUCCGCUCUUAAUUUUCAGCGAAAAUGUAUUCAACCCAUACCAAGAGAUAAUUUCUCGCUCAAAAUCAUCGCCAGUAAUCGAAAACGCCAUCAUUGCGCUGGCUGCUUGCCACUUUGCCAACAGUAUUACAGGCAUGCCGCUCUUCUCUGACACAGAAUCCAAACACAUGAUUAACUCCUCCCACUCUGGUGUAAAACAAAACUAUAUCCGCCUCAAGAUGGUCGCGUUGAGGUCCUUGUCAGAGGAGGUGGCAAACGCAAAAAGGCGCACGAACUUGAACAUCUUUUACGCAGCAUUUCUGUUCGUGUUGUUGGAUCUCACCGAGAGUGGGGCCAACUGCUGGAAAGUCCAUGUUGAAGGCGCAAAGAAAAUGUUGGAUUUUGAAGAUCGCGAGGUGUCAUCAAGCUGGUCAAGCGUUUUCGAACAAAUCGCGGAUGAAAUAUUUGUAUUCGAUACGAUCGGAUCGACCCUAUUUCGGCCUGGUGGUGCGGUGUCCCAAGCACAAGACCAUGGAUCCAUAGCUUCCCAAAGAUGGGCAGGCUAUGUUGCUGACACUCCCACCUCGAAGCCAAUGCAUACGCACAAGGAGCUUUCAGGAAUACUAACCAGCUUACACCGAAUCAGGGACUUUGAUCCACACGUAUGGGCCACAUACAUGAACGGUGUUGGUCAUGUUGCCUCUUCGAGGUUUCAUGACCUGCUCCUUCACAGCAGCAAGAUUUGGAAACUGACCGCGGACAUUUAUGCAACACGAGUUUAUCGCAGCCUCACAAAGGAUAUCAGUAUCGCUGUUCCCUCAGUAGAUGAGCUCAUACAGGAAUUCGCGUUCCUAGGCGCUCACGAUAGGGUGGAAAAGGAUUUGAUAUGGCCAACCUUCAUCAUUGGUGCCGAGUGCACCCGCGAAAAUCAGAGAAAUUGGGUUAUAGCAAUGAUGGAGAAAAUCUGGCAAAUUACUUUCUCUGCCAAUUGUAAGAAUGCAGCGCAUGUGUUGAAAGGGUUGUGGAAGAAACAGGAUUUGUUUAGGAGCACGCAGGGAACUAGGGACCCCGAUGGCUGGGAUUGGAUAACGGAGAUUUCUUUACUGGACGACCAUUGGAUCUUAUACUGA